CUUGCAGUUUUUGCCUGCUUGGCGGUCGCUUUUGACUACUUCACAGCUCUUUUUGUCUAAACAUCAGCAUGGCAUUAGUAUAGCACUACGUGAACAGACAGAAUAGGUAUUAAGAACAGUUCGUGCUUAAAAUAACAAUGAAUACCAUACUUGCAAUCAUCUUGGUUUUUGUCGGAUGCUGCAGCAAUGUUGUGUUUUUGGAACUUUUGGUGAGGGAGUUUCCUGGUUGCGGAAACAUCGUUACGUUCGCGCAGUUUGCCUUCAUCGCUUUGGAAGGCUUCAUUUUCGAAACAAAUUUCGGCAGGAAAAAACCUGCCAUCCCCAUUAGGAACUAUGUGGUCAUGGUGACCAUGUUCUUCACGGUCAGUGUGAUCAAUAACUACGCCCUCAACUUCAACAUAUCCAUGCCCUUGCACAUGAUCUUUAGAUCAGGAUCACUGAUAGCAAAUAUGAUCCUAGGAAUCAUCAUAUUGAAGAAGAGGUACACCCGGAGUAAAUACAUCUCCAUUAUGUUCGUGUCCCUCGGGAUCUGUAUCUGCACCGUUAUGUCUGCCAAGCAAGUGAACGUGGACCAAGAGGGCACGGAAGAGCAAGGCUUGUACACUUUCCUGCGAUGGCUGCUAGGUAUCGGCAUGCUGACCUUUGCCCUGCUGAUGUCGGCUCGGAUGGGGAUCUUCCAGGAGACGCUGUACAAGCAGUACGGCAAGCACUCCAAAGAGGCCCUUUUCUACAACCACUGCCUGCCUCUCCCAGGGUUCCUCCUGCUGGCCUCUGAUAUCUACAACCACUGCGUCCUGUUCAGCCAGAGCGCUCCUGUUGAGGUGCCAGGGAUCGCAAAGGACGUGCCAGUGAUGUGGAUAUACUUGCUGAUAAACGUCAUCACACAAUACGUGUGCAUCCGGGGCGUGUUCAUCCUGACCACCGAGUGCGCGUCGCUGACGGUGACGCUGGUGGUGACGCUGCGCAAGUUCGUCAGCCUCAUCUUCUCCAUCCUGUACUUCCACAACCCCUUCACGGCCUGGCACUGGCUGGGCACAGCGCUGGUGUUCCUGGGGACGCUCCUCUACACCGAGGUGUGGGCCAGCGUCCGCGCCGCGCUCCGCCCCGACGGGAGGAAGAGGGAGUGAGGCUCCUGCAGCGCCCCCCGCAGGACCGGGGGUCUGCUGCAACACGCGCACAUACACACACACUUACUUUCUGUUACUCACUCACACACGCACACAUUGUCAUUCACUCACAAGCAAGCAUGCACAGACAUUGUCAUUCUCUUUCUCACACACACACACACACAUGCACACUGUCAUUCUCUCUCUCUCACACUCACACUUUGUCAUUCUCUCUCACACACACACACACUUUCUGUCAUUCUCUCACACGCACGCACACACCACACACACUCCCUUUCCCGCGCUCGCGGGCGCGCGGACACACGCACCAGAGCCGCGACGGAACCGCGGUCGCGCGGUUUCGGUUCGGUUCGCGUUCCAUCGGACGGGUCGCCCCGGUCCCGCGCGGUCGGUAGCUGGCGAAUUUUGAGCCCGGGCUUAGCGUCAGCGCGGCCCCUGACCUCCGUUCCUCACCUCUCUGUAGUCCUUCUCCGAGUAGCCCGGGGCUGUAGUCCCUCUCGGAGAAGCGCGUUAGCCAUUCGAAGGAGGGUAAACUCACACCCACACCACACAGAUAGUCACAUCGGCUUCGUCAGGGUCUUUAGCAGUGGGUCUCAAACUCGGUGCCAUGGAGGGCCGUGUGUAUGCCGGUUAAUAUUCCAGCCUCAGAUCUUGAUUAUAUAGUUAGUUCAAUUAUUUGCUGAAUUAGGGAUGCAGGUUUGCACAUAAUGGUGACCCGACGUCUAUGGUGACCCG